AAUCAUGGAGUCAUCCAGCAGCAUGCGAUACGAAACACUCUCGAGCACCUUUCUGGUAUGCAUGCACCUCUGACGUGAAAUAGUAUUCAUCCAGGACCACAACACGUUCGACAGGUGAAAUACAGAUAUUGCUGAAAAACGAAAGCCUCUACGAGAAUCGUAUUCGAGAACUUUCAACAAAUUUAGGUGUUUUCCAAACAGCAUACUCUGCUAUGGAGGACCGCCUUCGAAGACAAGCGGAAGAGAAAAAUGAUUUGUUGCACGAAUUGAACGCCUUAAAAGGACUGGAAAAACGAGUUAUAUGUUUGCUUGAUGGCGACGGGAUGAUCUUCACGCAGGAAUUGAUGAGCCAAGGCCAGGAAGGUGGCCUAGCUGCUGCGAGAAAGCUGACCGAACGCGUUCGCCAAUUCAUAUCUACCAGUGAAGGAUUUGAACAAUAUCAACUUUGGGUGUAUCUCUUCUACAACAAACGCGGCCUUCUAGAGACGUUUGGCCGAGUGGGUCUGACGACGGUUAGAGCCAAGUUUGAUGACUUCAUGAUGGGCUUCAAUCAAGCUGCUGAGCGAUUUAUCAUGGUCGACGUAGGAGGUAGCAAAGAAGCUGCUGAUGCAAAGCUUAAAGUCCAUCUUGAAGAUAACAUCCGUCUUCCACACACUUACAAAAUAUUCUUUGGUGGAUGCCAUGAUAAUGGCUAUGUGCACAAUCUUCGUUCUGUCGUCACCUCGAGCCUCGGUCAUAAGCUUGUUCUCAUGCCUGGUUAUUCUGAUGUAGCGAUUGAUAUCAGAGCGCUUCAGCUACCCGAGCUCAGAAUACCCGAGUUGUUUAUCACAACUAAACUCGUGGCACCAUCUUAUAAUGUCAUCGCGACUGGUCCCCCGCCAGGACUGGCGCCUACUACUCCAAAAUUGACCGCAGCGCAACCUGUCUGUCCUCCUGCGACUCCACCUGGUAUCAACUCUUUUUCUGGAGAAGGCCAGGUAGCGAUGGCUCGACGUGGAAGUCUCCCGAGUUAUAAAUCAGCGCUGCAAACACCGCUAACAAUGUCGACGCGGUUUAACUGCCCAUCGAUGGAGUCAAGUGAGGGUAGUAGCGAGUCCAGCGAAGCAAGCGAGAUUCCGUUUCGCUUGCCGCGAUUGACCUCUCCUUCUCCACCGAAGCAGCGACGUAUCAAUAACCAACUGGCAUUGUCUAAGCAUGUUCCACCUCCGUGCACUUUAUUCUAUUUGGCACAAUGCAGGCACGGUCCGAGUUGUAAAUAUUCGCAUGAGUAUAUCUUGGAGGCGGAACACUAUCAAGAACUUGGAGAGAAUGCAAAGAAGACGCCUUGUAAAGUUACAAACGAAGGCGGAGAUUGUCCAUUUGGAGAUGAAUGUGUUUAUGGACAUAUGUGCCCGAAUGGAACAACUUGUUAUUACCUGAAGUUAGGAAAAUGUAAAUUCGUCGCUGCUGGUAUGCAUCGGCAACCGAACAACUGAAUUAACGCGCGCCUUCCAUUUUACUAUGAUAAAGUUUCUUGUUAUAACCAUUCGAGGCUGUCCUGCCGGAGAUGGGCUCGGCCUCGGGAAUGUCUAUUUGUACAUAUAUGCAUGCAGUCACGUCUUGACAUCAAGGUUCAGUUUUUGCUAACCUCCAGAUCAUCGCGGAGAAAAAUUAACAACGUAAUGCUGAUGGAAUUUUUCCAUUGACGUACUUGAGCACGUACAAGUGAUUCUCAACGAAGAGCGCGCACAUUCACUUGGUUCGCGUGACUUAGCCAAAUCAGUCUCAACUUCUUCGAAUGACAAUAUGACCUUCAAGUCGCUCACGAUAUGAUUGCCUUAUCUGCGGACUUCUCCAAUUGCACGAA